AUGUUUUUUGCGUUAUUUCUUUUGUUGCUGUGCGGCCCCGUGUCACGCGCCGCGGGCCAGGUGGAUGUGCAUGUGGCUAACCUUACCGUUAUGGCCACCGGGUGGCCACAGACCACCGCUGAGUUGUCGCCAUUUACGGCGGCUGUCACUUCCGUUGUGUGUGGCCCACUGGACACCACCGCCUCCACUGGCACGGCAAUUCCGUGUGGUGGCUUUCUGGCACCGGUUUCAGAAGGCCAUCUUUCCGUGCAGAUGUAUGCCGAGACUGUUUCUCUGGGAGACGCGCUUCGGGUGCGUCGUGCCUUUGGGGGCUGGGUGGAAGAUGAUGCUUCCGCCAUGCUGGAGGCUCUUACGGUGGCCGUCUCAGCAGUUGCACUGAAACCCUUGUCGUCGCUGUUGAAAGUUACAGGGGUUUACACGGUGCCGUGCCGCAGCAAUGAUAUCUCUGAGGUCCUCCCAGUGUGUGCCUCCACACGCAACUGCCUGACGUCCAUUAUUGUAGAUGAUUUUGGCGGGAGUGUGAGCAAUGUUUUUUGCAGCUAUGUCCCCACCCCAUGCGAAUUCUACAUAACGGCCGAAGCAAUCUCCUCAAACCAGGUAAUGGUGAAUAUUAGCAGUCUUCCGAAUACUCUCGAGCUGGCCCUUUUUUUCACAGAUCAGGUGCGCCGCUCUGCUCUGCAUGCCAGUCGUAUUCAGCUCUACUCGGAUGGUCAAUUUGUACAGCUUUACGCUUCUAACGAAAAGAUGGCGUACGAAAAGGAUAUCAAGGCGGUACCGGUCUGCGCUGUCGAGACUGCGCUGUGGAUGCUGUCCUUUAUUGCCAUUAUUCCUAUACUGUUUCUCCUAUUCAGUUAUCUUUGGUGCAUGGGCCGCCAUCACGCGAAGAAGGUGGAGCGAAGGGCCAUCGUUGAGGAUGAGUUGCGAGCUCAGGAAAUGGCGGAAUCUCAAGGAGCGACGGCUGGUCAGCUCCGUGCACAGCAAUUAAUGGCUCACAAUACCGGAUACCCUCAAGAAAAUGCCACGAGUCAGACGCCGCCACAUGAACAGCAGGAGGGAAUGCAGGGUGAAUACGGCCAGUUUUCCACGGCAGAGAACUUUGAGUAUCCGCAGGAGUACGCUGCUGACCAGCGGCAAGAAGGAGAAGGGCUAUAUGACGGUUAUUAUCAUCAGGUGUACAAUGGAGAGGAUGACGCCGCAGUUGUUGACGAGUACGUGGAACCCAGUCUUGUAGGUGCUGAGAACGACGAGGGGAUGCAGGCUGAUGAAAAUCCGAGCCAUGGUGGUCACGCUGCUCACUUUUGA